CUGCCAGUGCACAGGUAGCACAGAGUGGAAAAAGUAACAUUGUGAUGAACAUCACCAAUGGUAACCCAAUCCAUGUACCAGAAGGGGACACGGUUCAGAUAACUGCACUUUGCAUUAUCUGUUCCCAAUGCAGAUUACACUACAUUGAUCAGGAACGAUGUACCCGUGACAUCAAUAGUGAACUGCACAUGCAAAGAGGUAGCUCGUAAUUGUACAUUCACUCUCCAAGGUGUCACACGAAGCCAGUCCGGGACAUACCAGAUCUACGCCAGGAAUGCGCGAGGAGCACUCAAGAGUACCGCCACCAAGGUUGAUGUUAUGUACGCCCCGAUCUGUACCUUACUUCAGAACACACAGAGGACGGUCAUAGAAGACGAGAGUGUAACGUUCGAUGUAUCUGUAUCAGCGCACCCUCAUGUCUCCUCCGUCCAGUGGUUGCAUCAGGGGAACCCCAUCAACAAAACCAACCCCAGAUACAGUGGUGGCACAGCCGCCAUGCCAAAUCUUACUAUAGGUCCAUGUUUCAGGCAUGAUGCCGGGGUGUAUAACUUUACGGCUAGCAACAACGUCAGUGGGCUCAUAAAAUCAAACUGCACAAGUAAUAUCACUGUCUACUAUGGUCCUGAGCUAGACUGCUUCAGCCCACCCACUGUAACAAUCAAUGAGACUGAACUUUAUACCUUUGAAGUUAAUGUUACAACUUAUCCGAAACAGUCACGUGUCGACUGGUUCAAAAGGAGUAACUCCAUAAACAGAAAUGACACACGUUUCCACCAGGGUAACGUCAACGUUCCGUCCCUAACGCUCAUCAACGCUAACCGUAAGGACACCGGGAGCUACAGCAUCAGUGUCACAAACAAAGACACUGGACGUUCGGUUCCAGGCUGUCGUACCAACCUUACAGUUCAGUACCGACCAAGCUGUACUCUCCUACUUCCCACUACAUACGAGAUAACAGAAGGUAGCAGCAUUACAAUAAACGUCACAGUGAUGUCCUUACCUCCCCUAAGGUUUAUGGAUUGGUUACUGAACGGCACCGCCAUAUCCAGGAACAAUUCUCACUACAGUGGCGGUAACCACACGGUCCCAUCCCUGACCAUAGAUGGCAUACAACGGCAUGACACUGGGUUUUACUCAAUGCAUGCCAACAACACCGUGGGUGAAGGUGUAGAUGACUGCGUUGUCUUCCUUCGAGUUCUCUAUCGCCCCGAAUGCAUUAUUCUCUCAAACACAACACUGGAGGUCGUCGAGCAUUCUUCAAUCACAAUCUCCGCCGCCAUCGACGCCGUCAUGCCACCAAACGUGGUAGACUGGAAACUCAACGGCACCCCGGUCAACAGGACUGGGGACCGGUACACAGGAGGCAACAGCUAUCAGAACACGUCGUUGAACAUUUCGGCCAUAACCCGUCGCGAUGCGGGUAUAUAUACCCUUACUGCUUCAAACGAUGUCGGAAUUGUUGUGAAUGAAACGAGCUGCAACGUCAAUGUUGUCGUACAGUGUAAGUAGUUUACGUGAUUCGUU